UACUCUAUGUGCUUUGCACAGCUAGAGCCCGAGCGUUACAAAAGAUAUCACAAUUUCUAUUCAACAGAACAAUCGAACGAACACCUGACCGAAAAGAAGCAAGAUUAAGUCAGGCAGUCAGGCUGUUCUUUGUAUUCUAACUAUUAAGGUAUAUAAUUUGUAAUCCACCCAGGUUGCCAGUUGUAGUGCAGUGACGGUGUUCUUACCAGUACCAGUACCAUCUUUCAUUUCUUUGGAGUACAAAAUCAGAAUUCAUCAUCAUGCCGGAGGAAAUAUUGACAAAUGAAUGGGCGAUGUGGGCAAAUGAGCAUGCCUUUGUCAGUGCAAUUGUGAUGCUGAUGGGAGGAAUUACUGGAGUGUUUGGGUUCGAUGGAGCAGCGUUUGCUUACUACACAAUAGUUGCGAGCGUGUUUGUUCUCAUUGUUGAAUAUCCAAGAGGAAUGAGACGGAAGGGAAACACGGUGGAGAGAAGAUUCCAGAGUAUCUUUCAUCCCAUCUUACUAGCCCUAUCCCCUGUCACCACCAACUACUUCAUCAGAUUCUUCCUAUAUCUGCUGUUGAGCGUUCCAUGUAUCUUCAUGUUCCCGACCCUCCUGGGAGGAAUCUGUCUCUUCAUUGCGGCUCUCAUCUACUUCAAGGCUGCCCUCGGUGGCGAGAGCUGGUCAGCUAGCACGUCCAGGGUCCAGAGGGCCAAGACCCUGACCAACAGACCACCAGAGAACCCCCCACCACGCCCACCACCACAGGGUGCCCCCAAUGAAGGAUUCACAGAGGUUCCCCUGGAACAGAUCCCUGCUCAAUAGAGGAGGAGAACUAAGCGAAACUCUGCCGUCAAAGGGCCUUUCAUGUAAUCUUCUUUUUAGAUACCGGUAUCUCUCUCAUCAUUUUGGGAAAGUCCAAGGUUCUUUGUCUCAUUAAAUUGAUAAAUAUAAAAAUACUGAUUUCUUAUAUAGCGCUUUAUCAUUAACUUACCAAAGCACUUACAUGUACAGUAUAAGCCUAGUGAUAUUACCGCCUGCUUGGUACUUUGUAGGGAAUCCUUCAAAAUACUCCUCAUGGAAUUUUAACUGAAGGUGGGACAAGGGUUAGUAACAUAAAUAAAGAACAAGGAAGGAUAAAGUACUCUGGACUUGCUUAAGUAUGGUACAGUGUAACCGUAUUUGAUGACCACCUGUCUAUAAAGAACACAUUUUUUGUUAAAAUCUCUUUGAAACAUAUAUGGUUACUACGGUACUGAAGAAACAUGGUGCUAGUUUCUCAAAAAGUCUAAGUUCGUGAACAUCCCAUAGAAAUGUGUAUUUAUUCUAUAACACACGUUUCAAUGGGAUGUCUAAAAAGUUAGACUUUAUAUGACGGUUGGCCCCCAGUACUGGUACAGGUACAUCAAAGCAUCUGCCUACACAGACCACUUUUCUUUUCACCCUUGAGCAGUCUUUAUACCGGUACUUGUUCCUCUGUAUUUGAUUCAGGAUGAUAUCAUUUUUAUCUCAUGAUCACAAUACAGGGAGAUGUUCACUCUUUUCCAUAUGUGCCUUGCAAGUAUGUGG